CACUCAAAGCACGAAAAAAAAAUGCAAUGAGAUCACUCGCCGUCGCCGGUCGUCACCCACACGAUCGUUCGUCACUCGGCUGUUUACUGGAAGAAAUAAGGUAGCAUGCGAAUCUUCCCGCAGAAUUCCAAAAACUCUCACACCAACCAACGACAUUAGAUUUCGGGCCGUGCCACUGCCAGUGCGCCGCCGAGUGGUGACAAUAUUGCUUCUAGCAACCGAUCAUUCCACCACGCGUAGAUACCGAUCGGGGAUAUCGUCAUUUCGAUUCCGAUGACUUUGUGUGUGGGACUAGUAGUGCUAUCAUCGUCAUCUGCAUAUACGGGCGGCGGCGGUUUAUUGUUUUCAUGCCGAUCGAGUGUACGCGAUUAGGGAACGCAAAUUUGCCCAGGCAGUUACUUGUGCAACGAAUUACAGUUACCUGAAGAUUAAAAUUGGCUUGCAGUAAUCGAAUGAAAUCGUGAAAAUCUCUCCUUGGAUUAGUAAAAGAUAAAAAUUGAACUUAAAUCGAGAUAAACUGUGCUUUCAUCUAAAGUGAAAAUUGUGACUUCAAGUAGUGCAAACAAUGGCGUCAGCCAUGGAGAACAUUACAAACGUGAAACUGUACGACUUGAUUACCAGGUGGAUAGAGGUGCAGAAAUUGCGACCGGACUAUUGCGAUGGAAAUCCGCUGAAGGUUGACGUCAUGGAUCUAACACUGCUGCUGAAAUCGAUGGGCCUCAAGUUGGAAUACAUUGACUUUGAAAAGGAAAAGCUGAACGCUGACACACUAACGGUGCAAAUCGCCUGCAAUAAAUCAGGCGUGUUGGCGAAGUUGAGCUAUGAUUUGGUGAACUGCUCUUGUCCGGAUAAGAAUGACAAAGAAACCUCUUUUUGGGAGGUGCAAGGGACUGGCCCAUCAGUAUUUUCAAAAUUUCGAAACGAUACCUCUUCGAAUCUCUUGCCGGAAAUUUCGGAAAAAUGCUCUAUGGUAUCUAAGGCUAUGCUAUCCAAUCUGCUGGAUUACUACCGAACAAACAUAAAAGCUAUCGAGCGAGGCGAAGAUGUUCUACAAUCUCCUUUGAAGGUAACAACUCCUACUAUCUGUGUCACGAGCCCAGGUCUGACUAAUCAUUGCGCCACCCCGCCUGCAGAAGGCAAAGCUGCUGUCCAGGUCGAACCGUCAAGUAUUCCUGAAAGUCGACAAAUUAAAACAGCACCGGAUGGCACCAUGAUCAAACCCCGGUCAUUGGAAGAGCUUCAGGAAAGUCCAAAGAACACAUCUAGCGAAAAAGGUGAAACUAAAUCAAACACUUCGGCGGAAAGCGUAGGGAUAAACAACGCCACACGAGAGUUGUCCGGCCGCGAGACACCCGAGGUUCCAAUAAUGGUUGAACCAACUCUUUCGAAUUCCCACUUCCCGGACGACAGUUCCUUUGCCAACAGCGAAGCCAUGAAGGCGUUGAUUACGUCCAGUCCCAACGAAAAAGUAUUCGACUCCUUUCUGAACGCCGAACUGAACCAGGAGCGGGACCUGAACGUAAUUCACUGUUUGCACCAAGCCCGCCAGCAAAUCGAUGCAGCCAUGCUGGUCAUGAAGCUGAACAACCCGUACACGGAUCUUAGUAAAGCCACCGCCAUAACCACUACUCCGCAAACGGUGAUUCGGAACAAGGGUGCCGUUCCAAAGUUGGUGGAAAGGAACAUCACCGUGGCCAGGAGGAUGUCUCUACCAGGUCGUUCAUCGGAGUCUCCCCGGCUAGCCGCAACGAACACACCCGGUAUCGCAAGGAAGAAGCCCGCGCUUCCAUCGCAACUGGCAAAGACACGUGGCGACACUCCGCAUCCCACUGCAUCAAGCUACAAGCCCGUUUCAACGCUGAGAAAAACCAGCUCUUCAACCUCAGUUGCAAGCACCGGUUCCGUGAGCAAACCAAUGAGUGCACCGUCGGCGGCCUCCAGAAGACCGGUCGGCGUAGCCAAACCCGUAGGAAGUGUACGGCCAACGGCGAGUUCGGCGAUAAAGAAGACUACAUCCAUCGCUAGAUCUGUUAGUGCGACGAAACUCGAUAAAAAGUGAUUUCAAUCGGUCGUUAUUGAAAUGUUGCUGUUGAUUGAUGAAACGGGAUAGUUUUGUAAAUUUCAAGAGCUGUUGUGCCCCAUCUACAUGUAUAAAUCGAAACGUAGCUGAAAAUAAAAUGAAGUCAUUUUUACAC